GCGACAGAGAGAGAGAGAGCGCGCUAGAGAGCGCGGAGGGUGUCCGAAAUAAAGUCAAACAUCUUCGUUCCCGGGAGCAUGAGAUCAUACUAUAGUGAGGCUGAUUUUUAUGAUUACGAUCCCCGCACCGAUAUCGAUCCACUGUGCUGUUGUGAGUUUUUCGAUCGAAACAAUGAGCGCAACCAUCUGCUGGUAACGUGCUGCAGUUGCUGUUGUUGGCCGCAAAGUGCAUCCGUGCCCGAAUCGAAUACGACCGGUUGCACGGUCUUACCGAAACGGGUUCUAGCGAUAGCAGAAAGAAAGGAACGAAGAGACCCAUAAAACCGAGUGCCAGUCGUGUAUGCAAUAAAACGCCAAGUUACCCAAGGGA